GCGGAGUCAAGAAGGCAGCGAGCGCUCGGCUACACGGCUCUUGGAGGUCGUCCUCGUCUGGGGAUUUUUUUCUUCCCUUCUGGCCUUUUGGCCAAGAGCCUAGGGGACCGCCGGACAGGGAUGCCGAGUGGGACUGAUGGAGCCUCAAGUGUGGCAGUAUGACGGAAUGUGCCCAAUCACACGUAUCUCUUGCAACCGACAACGUCCUCCAAGACCAUGUUAGCCCUCUGCAGGCGCGAGAAGUCCAAGACUUCGCGUCUCUUGGCGUACCAACAAUGUUCCGCUUUGCGGCGCACGCAAUGGAUAGCUGGUCUCGGCGGCGGAGCGUGGGUCAGAUUUUUUUCUUUUGUUUUUUUUUCUUAUCGGGUCGGGCGCUUUUAUAAAGGCUGGAGAGCCCGUCUUCCUGCUAGAGCUGCGUCAUUGUUCGAGACCUUUUUUUGUCAACCACACCCGACGAGCGAGCCUCUUUCGGGACCCUCCGCUUGCAUAAUCUUUCUUUCUCUAGCCAUUGGGUCUUAGUCCUAGUCUCUACGGGACAAGAUCACAUCUGACGGGGAAAAGAAAAGAAGCAAGGACGUCUCGGACGCGCAAGUAAACGGUAUCUUGCCAUCCCCGACGCCGGCCAGCCUCAAGAACAGCUGCGCUCGGAAGACAACCGACUCCUCUGCCCCGACCUUGAGAUUGCUUGUUCUCGGUCGCUUCUUGAUACCCCCCUUUGUUGUCUCCAUUUUCCUGCCAACCUCCUAGGGCUGUCAGUGAUGCAUCGCAACCAUGCCGACUAAUUACGAGAAACACCCCUUCCUCCUUGGGGUCGACGAGGUUGCCAACUCACUUGGCACCAAUGUCGACUCCGGCCUGACUACCGCCCAGGUCCAGAAGCUGCAGCAGGAGUUUCCUCCCAAUGAGCUGGACGCGGGCGGCGCCAUCCCGUGGUACAGCAUCUUCCUGAAGCAGCUGUUCAACGCCAUGGUCCUGGUCCUGUUCUUUGCCAUGGCUCUGUCAUUUGGUAUCAAGGACUGGAUUGAGGGCGGCGUUUUGGCCGCCGUCAUUGUUCUCAACGUCUCGAUUGGCUUCGUCCAGGAGUACCGCGCCGAGAAGAAGAUGGACGCCCUGCGCGCCCUCUCCUCUCCCAGUGCCACCAUUCUCCGCGAUGGAAAGACCCAGGUUAUUCCCAACGCCGAGGUCGUCCCUGGUGACAUUGUCAUUCUGAAAAUGGGUGAUACUGUUCCCGCGGACCUCCGUCUCUUCGAGGUCAUGAACCUUUCGUGUGACGAGCAGUCCCUUACCGGCGAGUCCAUGCCCGUGGAUAAGAUCAUCGAGAACAACAUCAAGGUCCCCGGAUCCGACAAUAUGGCCACGGCCGACGGCGAGGUCGGCAUUGGCGACCGUGUCAACAUCGCCUACGCCACCACCAUCGUCCGGAAGGGCAGAGGCCGUGGCAUCGUCAUCGAGACGGGCAUGCAGACCGAGGUCGGCAAGAUCGCCGCCUCGACCAAGAAGAAGCCCAAGGCCGGCCGCUCCAUGAACUGGAGGAAGUACGGCAAGCGCCAGCCCCUUAUCGGAGCCCUGAGGCGCAUCUACGACUUCCUCGGCAAGUUCCUGGGUCUCACCGAGGGCACGCCCCUCCAGAAGAAGCUGGCUGCCCUUGCGUACAUCCUGUUCGGUUGCGCCCUGAUCCUCGCUAUCAUCGUGUUCGGCGUCAACCGCUUCCAUGUCCCCCACGAUGUGCUCAUUUACGCCAUCUCGACUGGUAUAGCCAUCAUCCCCGAGUCCCUUGUGGCCGUGCUCACCAUCACCAUGGUGCAGGCCACUCGGGUCAUGCGCAAGGCCAACGUCGUCGUCCGUGAUCUCUCGGCCCUCGAGGCUCUGGGAGGAGUCACCAACAUCUGCUCCGACAAGACGGGCACCCUGACCCAGGGCGCCAUGAUUGUCAAGAAGGUCUGGCUGCCGGCAUCCAAGAUCUACACGGUCCGCGACUCCAUGGAUCCCAGCGACCCCACCGUUGGGUCCGUCACGUACUCGGAGAAGGCGCCCGGCGUCGAGGAGCCCAAGCGCGACUACGACGCCGAGCGCAGCGCCGGCGCCCUCACAUUUGACGUCCCCGACGAGAAGCUGAACCCGACCGAGAAGCCCAAGAAGGCCAACGAGCCCGCGGCCGAGCUCAACGACGAGCUGCGCAUGUUCCUACUGUCCACCGCUCUCUGCAACCUGGCCACCGUCCGCAAGGACCAGGAGAAGGACAAGUGGAUGACCACGGGCGAGCCCACCGAGAUCGCUCUGCAGAUCUUCGCCUGGCGCUUCGAGCGCGGCAAGAAGUCGCUCGAGGCCAAGGGCUGGAAGCAGGUAUCCGAGUUCCCCUUCGACAGCACCAUCAAGCGCAUGAGCGUGGUAUACAACGCGCCCGAGGACAACGACCUGGGCCUCCCCACCGACAACAGCCUCAUCUUCACCAAGGGCGCCGUCGAGCGCGUCAUCGACCUCUGCACGCACAUGGGCCAGGGCGAGGCGCGCGAGGAGAUGACGGACGAGGCCAAGGACCGGAUCCUGGAGCAGAUGGACGACUUCGCCUCGCAGGGCCAGCGCGUGCUCGCCAUCGCGUACCGCUCCUGGGACGGCAUCCACACGCAGCCCGACAAGGCGGCCGAGGCGGCCGACCCGACCAAGAGCGACGACGCCAUCCGCAGCAGCGUCGAGUCGGGCCUGACCCUCCUCGGCCUGGUCGGCAUCUAUGACCCCCCGCGCAAGGAGACCACGCCCGCCAUCCGCGAGUGCUCCAACGCCGGCAUCCGCGUGCACAUGCUUACCGGAGACCACCCCGCCACCGCCGCGGCCAUCGCCAAGGAGGUCGGCAUCCUGCCCUUCAACAUGUCUGUCCUGCCCGCCCACAUCGCCGAGACGUGCGUGCAAAAGGCCACCGACUUUGACAAGCUCACCGACGAGGAGAUCGACGCCAUGGAGGAGCUGCCGCUCGUCAUCGCUCGCUGCGCCCCCGACACCAAGACGCGCAUGAUCGAGGCGCUCCGCCGCCGCAGCGCCUUCAUGGCCAUGACGGGCGACGGCGUCAACGACGCGCCCUCGCUGAGCAACGCCGACGUCGGCAUCGCCAUGGGCUCCGGGUCCGACGUGGCCAAGUCGGCGUCCAAGAUCGUGCUGACCGACGACAAGUUCAACUCCAUCGUGGCCGCCAUCCGCGAGGGCCGGCGCAUGUUUGAGAACAUCCAGAAGUUUGUGCUGCACCUGCUGACCUCCAACGUCGGCGAGGUCAUCCUCCUGAUCGCCGGCCUCGGCUUCCAGGACGAGUCGGGCACGUCCGUCUUCCCCAUCAGCCCGCUGCAGAUCCUGUGGAUCAACAUGCUCACGUCGUCCUUCCCUGCCUUUGGUCUCGGCCGCGAGAAGGCGUCGAACGAGAUCAUGCGCAAGCCGCCGCACUCUACCAAGCGCGGAGUCUUUACCAACCAGAUCAUCGUCGACAUGCUCGUGUACGGCUUCAUCAUGGGUGUGUGCACGCUCAUGACCUUUGUCAUUAUCGUCUAUGGAGUCAACAACGGCGAGCUGGGCGACAACUGCAACACGGCCUACUCGCCGCGGUGCGACGUCGUCUUCCGCGCCCGCGCCGCCGUCUUCGCCGAGCUCACCUGGCUCAUCCUCUUCUCGGCCUGGGAGUUCAAGUCGCUGCGCCGGUCCAUGUUCCGACUGAACCCGGACUCGGACAGCAAGUUCCCCUUCUUCAAGGACGUGUACGAGAACCGCUUCCUGUUCUGGUCCGUCAUCCUGGCCUUCAUCUCCGUCUUCGGCGCCAUCCACAUCCCCGUCGUCAACGAGAACGUGUUCCGCCACAAGGCCAUCGGCUGGGAGUACGGCCUCGCCUUUGGCGGCCUCUUCGUCUUCAUCGUCGGCGUCGAGGCCUGGAAGUUCAUCAAGCGCAAGUUCAACCUGCUCGACGACCACGCCGUCGUGCGCGGGCCCUUCUCUCAGGGCAGCGAGGACCCCGAGGGCCGCUCCUUUGUCAAGACCAUGUCCUUCUCCAGCUUCAAGAGCUGGAGUAAGUCGAGCCUGCGCAGCAGGAGCCGGACCCGGACCCAGGAGAAGAACCGUGACAACUGAAGGGUUGCAGGAAAAAAAAAAAGUUGUUUGGGACUGCUUCGAGUUUUGAUUUGCGUUGUUCGAUUUUCAUAAUGGCGGACGACAUGUGCCAACCUGCCUUUCUGGUCGCUUUUCUCUCCCUCAACCCUUUCGCUUCGCCUCUGUCAUUUGAUAUGAUAACAUGAAUGAUGACUGGUGUCGAGGACCGAUUGGAGGACGGGGCAAGGGAAGGGGACCGGAGGGCGGGGUUGCUGGAACAAAUAUCGGCAAGACCAUCUCGCAGGUUUUAGCUGUCGUAUUUUCUCCGUCUUUCUGUGCAAAACAAAAACAUGAUAUCGGCCUAUGCGAGGGCACAGUCUGCUGUUGACCCCCGCCCGCAUAGACUUUGGCUUGCGUUCUGAUUUUCAUUUUCACUGUUUUGUUGCAUAUACCUCUUGCCUGUGUAGUCCUGCUCUUAUUGGACCUGUGAGGAGAAAUCGCCAAGUUGUGUAUCGAGUUGGCAGAUAUGGAAGAGCCGCAUUGUUCUAGCGGCGUCGGAUGAUGGUUGUAUUUAUCAGCAUACCCUAUAAGAGGAUCAUCAAGCUCAUGGCCUGAAUUUUAUAUUGUCUCUGUUGUUGGAGAUAACGCAUCAUUAUUGACGAAAUGUCCCCC